CUGUAGUGUUUACAAAAACAAAGAUAAUGGAAAGUGUAAAUUUUAUGUGUUGAUAUAUUCAUAUCAUCAAAGUUUGAUUAAUAUUUGAAGUGGGGUCAUCGGUCAAUUCUUUUUGAAUUGGGCUAACUCUUCUUCGUUUCAAUGACCAGUGUGAAGUAUUUGCCUGGGCUUUGGACUCGUUUUCGGCAAUGGUGGAAUCUGAGUAGGUCGGCAGAUAAAUCUGCCGGUCAAAUGGUGUAUAAAGGAGAAGAUUUAAAUGGUAAUUAUUAUUUCGAAACCAUGGACAAGUCAGGACGAAUAUUUCGGUUUGUUGAGCCCAAAAAUUUAAAAACUUCUGACAUCCCUAUGAUACCAGAAAUUAACAUUUCACCAGAGUGGAUAAGAUGGUUAAGGAAAACCCGUGAGGAGCCACCAACGGAAGAGGAGAUGAUUAGAAAUGCUGCUAUUGCUUUGAUUAAAAAACAAAAAGCUGCUCAAUUGGAGAUGGAAGAGAGAAAGAAUUGGCCUGAACUAGAUGCGAAAUUGCAACUUAUCGAAGCUGAGCGAGAUUUUCAUCCAAAAUCUUUUUUCCCAUUGUACCGUGAUUUAGAAGUAAACCCAGGUCAAACAUAUUUGCUCAAUAGAGGAUUUUAUAUUGCUGAUCUUCCAGACAACCCUAAUCUGCUGGAACAAGAAGCAAGACAAAAGCUUUCUCCUGGAGAAUCAAAAGACGUAAAAAGCACGGAUGACACUCAAAAAUAAGAUUAUUAAAUUAAAAAUUUAGUCUACAAUGUCAGUUGAAAUAAACUCGAUUGAUUGCGUUGCUCUUCAAAUGUAAAUAAAUGUAGAAUGUUAUAAGAUUUUCAGUAAAUCUUACCUAUGGUCUAAUCUUACUUUAGUCUUUUAUUGAAUUUGAAAUUAAAUUAUGCAAUUGCUUUGUAA